GGGCGAUGAAUGAAAAGGAUAUCAGAUCGAAGGGGGGAAUCAAACCGGGGAUGGUAUGUUUCCGGUUAGCACCAUGUCCUCCCGCUCUGGUGGAUGGAAGUGAGUGAGGGGUCCCGAUGUGCCGACUCAAAGCCCGGGAAUCGAAUGAGACCGUUUGCGUCCACCAUGUAUGCAUGUACCAUGUACCCACCACCCAAGCCAGUCUUCAUGGGGCAACGAAUUUGGCACCAGUCCCUAUCCUUUGUCCUCUCCCAGGUUCAUGAUUGUGAGGAGCGUUCUGGCCGAAAGUCGGAUGGUUGCAAGGAUAGCCUAGGAAUAGCCCGGCUUCCUGGCAACCGUCUUGACCCUCCGAUGCGGGGGGAUCAGGUACAUGUAAGGGCUCGCGUUAUCCAGGUCCCGCUGAUCACCCCCCCUUUUGGGCAUGUGGGGCCUUCCCGCCCUGGGGCGCCGCAACGCGACGCUCGAGCCAGCUGUUACCUCCAAACUGAACCUCGAAUUACACCAAAUUCACCCGGUCGCAGAAACACCGCAAUUUCCUAUCAACUCAUUCAAAUCUAAGUGCACAACCAUAGUAUAAAAGGCCAAUAUUUUUCCAGCAAGAGGAUGCAACGCAGUAUUUUUUACAUGCUUGAUUGCGCAUUCAAGUUGCGUAUACGUUGCGCUGCGAGUUUGCACUUGGGAAUUCGAGGGUUUGCACUAACAGUGGGCCUUGUGGCGUGUGGCUUGUGUGCCCUG